AUGACCGAACCACAAGCAAGUACAAUGAGUACAUUAGAAAAUAAGAAAGUGAAAUUCGUUAUCAUCAAAUCAAAUGGGCCGAAAACAAGUCCUGAAGAAAAUAAUAAUGAUAAGAAGUCAGAUCAAAGCAAAGAAACAACCUCAGAAAAACAACCUGGACCAGUUACAAUUUAUCUUCAAGGUGUUUCUGUACCAGAAAACUAG